AUGGUGUAUAUUGUGCUCAAGGAUUGGGAGAAGGCGAUUCACUGGUUGAGUAUAGUCAUUUCCUCUCCUAUCACAGGACCCGUUAGCAAGAUCAUGGUAGAGGCGUACAAGAAAUGGCUUCUAGUUAAUUUGCUGGGAAAUGGAAAGCUGGCACCAGCCCCAUCAGUAGCUUCUUCACACGUGAUGAGAGUAUACGAAGCCUUGACCAAGCCGUACAUGUCGUUGGCGGAAGCCUUUGGAAAGGGUGAUUUUGGAAAACUUUCUAGAGAAGUCGAACUGGGUCGCUCCAUUUGGCAAAUAGACAAUAAUACGGGUCUUGUAUCACAGCUGGUUUCCGCCUUUGAUGAAUUUAUCAUCCUGAAAUUAGGAAGGACGUUUUCCGCUCUCAAGUUGUCAGAUGUAGCCUGGCAUCGAUUUAGCACUGGCCAAUUGUCCCCGAGGGAAACUGAGACCUACGUGGCAUCGCUUGUGAUGUCGGGGCGUGUCGGUGCCGUCCUGGUUCAUCUCAGGGACCAGUCAAAGCCUACGAUGCUUCGCUUUGCGUCGAAGAGGGGGCAGCCUCUCUACUGGGAACGCCAUCUACAGGCAAAGUUGAAAUUGGAAAGCCGCUUGGUGAAAAGUGUUGCGAGUGGCAUUGAUCAUGGCAAAGCAGACCUGGGUUUUAGCAACGAGUUCUUCCAAUUCUUGCACAAGAAUCAAAGAUGUGCCGAUACCCCGGCGAGAGUUUCGUUUGUUGCUGAAGAUGAAGCCGAUGAUCAUAUUCAUGGUGACGAGGACAUUAUGGACGAUAUGCAAUAG